GAGCAAGGACAUGCUAGCAUAUGUUGUAUGUUAAAUAACAAUCAAAACGAAAUUUUAUGCAAUAAAGCUCAUCAGACGAUAAUUUAAAGAAUCCAUCACCAUUAGCCUAAUUACACCAUGUUUUUACACUUACCGGUCAAGACAUCGUACUGCACGUGGAACAUUUUUACACUAGCACAUAAUUAAAAAUCCACAAAAAAAAACAUAAUUUUCUUACAUCGCUAGGCUGAACACCGAUUUGCCGCAUUUCUAGAAAAGAAAAAAAAUAAAAUGUUAUGUAAUUAGUAACAAAAUUUUUAGAAAACCGUUUCAUAUGAACGCAAUAAAAUGAGAAAAAGAUAAUUAAUUUCAAAAAAUAAAAACACACUCGACUGUUAUAUUUAAACAUUAAAGUUAGUGUUUAGCAGGGACAUUAAAAUUAUUUAAUCUCAAAAUUAGAAACGAUGAAAACCACCCGCGAUUUUACUAUGUGGAAAAACAUAAAUUAUCUGUGUGGUUAGCCUCGAAGUCUACUAACCUUGCUCGUUUAGUAGAUCGGAAGAUUAUCAGGUGAUAAAGGCGCAUGCAACUAACAUUCCUCAUGAGCUAGCUUCGUUUUUCAGAGAAUACUUCACAGACUCUAUUCCUAGUCUGUUACUAUGCUGCACACGCUCUAUGGUACCGCUGGGCUCGAUUGCAUGGCUGCAUUAAUGAUUAAAUGAUUAUGAAGAUUCAUUUUCAAGCUCAUCGCGUGUUAAAAGAGCUUGGACUGGUUCCUUCGGCGCAGCUAUACCUCCGGCCCACAUAAAUACUCGUCGUACACGACAUUAAUUGCUCACAUCCCAAAUCUCUGACGACGGCAAACACGACAGUCAAACUGUGCAAUGCGAUUCCCACUGACGUGUACAAGUUUGCUGUUCCUGUCGGUGCUGCUUCUACCGGUGUUUCAAUGUCCACCGGGGAUAUUGUCGCAAGCAUCAACGAACAAGCUGCUAGUACGUGCUACAGCCGAAACUAUUCAGCAGCACUAUACAACGAUCACCAGCAAGCAGCUGUACCUGCGCUGGGAGAACACAUCGGAAUUGAUCGAUGAGAUACUGAAACGUAUCGCCACUCAGCUGACGGUACUACUUGAAUCAAACCCGCAACAUUCCGCAGACGAGCCACCGAAUCUCGAACCUCAUCAACAGUUGCGUGUACUGAACCUGUUGGUAGUUGCCGAUUACCAAGGCUUCAGACGGGUUGUGGAUGGAUUUAGCGAUGAGCUGUACGAUUUUUCAGGCUUCUACACGGUGGUAGUAGCUUCACCAAACGAGCAAAGUCUCGAAAUUGCCGGUGCCAUUCUUCGCACGCUUUGGUCCUUAUAUAUCAUUAAUGCAAUUGUGUUGAUAGAACCCACGGAUCAGGCCGCCAUCAACGGGGUACGGCUCUACACGUACUUCCCGUACGGUGAGGGCUACUGUGAACGUUCCCUGCCCGUCGUAUGGAACGUUUACGAACCAGAAGCCGGAUUUAUCCAUCGCGAUCGUACGCUAUUUCCACGCAAGUUGCGCAACUUCUACAACUGCCCACUGGUGGUAGCGACAUUCCCAGUGUAUCCCUUCAUUAUCCCGACCCCAGGUAGUGGUGCUGAUGGGGAAGAUACCAGCAAAGAACUAGUGGGAAUUGAAGGGUUGAUGUUGCGUACCCUAAUGCAACGUUUGAACUUUCGACUGCAAGUUAUCAUCGUUGAUCCGCCCGAAUGGGGAACAGCAGGUCCACGAAAUGAAUCAACAGGAGCUGCAGCUUAUGUAAGCGUACAUAACAGCUGUGAGAGGAGAUAUAAACUCCAACAUGCUAAUGUAAAAACUUCCGCAUACAUUCUUCAUCUUGCAGAUUCGACAUCUUCGUGCGAACCUAACCAUCGGGUACUGGGCGACUACUUUGCACCGUAACCGGUAUAUGGCGAAUAGCUUCAGCUAUUACACCUCCCAGCUGGUGCUAGCCGUUGCACCCGGCGAACCAUAUAGUUGGCUAGAGCUA